AUGGCCACCGCCCCAGCAGCACCCGGAGGCCUUAUGCGCCUCCGGCCUCCGCCUCCGCGAUGCGUGUCGCCUCGCGCCAGCGCCUCCCGCGCGCCGUGCAUCUGGGGGACCCCGCCCCGGCUUCGCCUUCGCCGCCGCCGGGCCCUGGCGCUCGCGGCGCCGUCGGUAGCGUCCGCGGAGGCGGAGGCGUACACGGAACCUGAGUUGGAAGUGGAGAGCGCCGUGCAGGCUCUCGAGGCCCUGGGAGGCGUUCCUGAUCCGACGAGUUCAAGUUUAAUCGAAGGUAGCUGGCAGCUCAUCUUCACUACGAGACCAGGGACAGCAUCACCCAUUCAGAGGACGUUUGUUGGAGUUGACUCCUUCCGUAUCUUCCAGGAAGUGUAUCUUCGAACAGAUGAUCCAAGGGUGGUCAAUGUUGUCAAGUUUUCAGAAUCAGUUGGUGAUCUGAAAGUAGAGGCAGAAGCAACUAUUAAGGAUGGAAAGCGCAUACUUUUCCGUUUUGACCGAGCAGCAUUCACCUUCAAGUUUCUUCCAUUUAAAGUUCCAUACCCAGUGCCAUUUAGACUUCUUGGAGAUGAAGCUAAGGGUUGGCUUGACACAACAUACUUAUCCCACACUGGGAACAUACGUAUUUCAAGGGGAAACAAGGGAACCACCUUUGUCCUACAGAAGAGUGCAGACCCAAGACAAAUCUUAUUGUCAGCUAUAUCUGCAAGAACAGGAGUAGAAGAGGUCAUCAAUGAUUUUAUUUCAAGCCAAAAUGGAACAAAGACUGAUCUAAGCAUUCUGGUGGGUGAAUGGCAACUAUUGUGGAGCUCACAGACUGAAGGUGAAAGUUGGUCAUCUGUUGCAUCUGCCGGUCUCAAGGACUUCCAGAUUAUAAAAGAAGACGGGAAAUUAAAGAAUUCGGCUAGCCCCUUCCCAGGUAUCACCCUCAAUGCAACAGGCAACAUAUGCAAAAAAGGGAGUGGCAACACCUUUACCGUGUCCAUGAAAGAAGGAGCUGUUCAAGUUGGUGGUUUACAGUUUCCCUUGGAUGCUCAAGGAGAAUUUGUCAUGGAAAUCUUGUAUAUCGACAACAAGAUAAGGAUAUCCAGGCUUAACCAGCACAUGCUUGUCCAUUUACGCAUUGCAAAUACAUGA